CCGGCAGCGGUCGCCAGGGGCGGGGCUCAAGGCGGCUCUCCCCGCCGGGCUGCAACUGUUCCCAGGCUGGGGCGAUUGCCCUCACCCCUGAACUUUCCUCUUCUCGGCCGCCCUCCUUUUCCGUUGUCCCUUCGCGCCCCAAACCACAUCCUGGAGGGCACUCGCCUGCGCGGCCUGCAGCGGGGACUGUGCGCCUGGGGCGCGGGCCCUAGAGUCGCGUGCGCGGCCCCUUUUUCCAUCCCCCCCGCCGGGCCCACCCCCAGGCCGCGCUGAUUGGGUAGGUAGGGACUCUGCCCAGCGGAAAGUUUUGGGUGCCGGGAGGAAGUUCAACCUUUGGGAGACUCCAAGACAGCAGCUCCGGGGUCGGCGGGGGUCUCGGUGGCCAUGGAGGAGCCCCCUGUGCGAGAAGAGGAAGAGGAGGAGGGAGAGGAGGACGAUGAGAGGGACGAGGCUGAGGACGAGGAGAGGGACGAGGCUGGGCCCGAAGGGGCGCUGGGCAAGAGCCCCUUCCAGCUGACCGCCGAGGACGUGUAUGACAUCUCCUACCUGUUGGGCCGCGAACUUAUGGCCCUGGGCAGCGACCCCCGGGUGACGCAGCUGCAGUUCAAAGUCGUCCGCGUCCUGGAGAUGCUGGAGGCGCUGGUGAAUGAGGGCAGCCUGGCGCUGGAGGAGCUGAAGAUGGAGAGGGACAACCUCAGGAAGGAGGUGGAGGGGCUGCGGAGACAGGACCCUCCGACCAGCGGGGAGGUGAACCUGAGCCCAAACAAAAUGGUGGUUGACUUGACAGAUCCCAACCGACCCCGCUUCACUCUGCAGGAGCUAAGGGAUGUGCUGCAGGAACGCAACAAACUCAAGUCGCAGCUGCUGGUGGUGCAGGAAGAGCUGCAGUGCUACAAGAGUGGCCUGAUUCCACCAAGAGAAGGCCCAGGAGGAAGAAGAGAAAAAGAUGCUGUGGUUACUGGGGCCAACAAUGCUGGCGGGAACAAGGAGGAGAAGACAAUCAUAAAAAAGCUGUUCUUUUUUCGAUCGGGGAAACAGACCUAGAUCCAAGGCCACAACUAAGGCUAUGGCUCUGAUUCUAGAUGACAGCCUUCCAAGAUGCCUGGCAAAGCCACCUCUCUGUGCCACACAGACACACUGGGCCUAUGUGUUCAUUUCCCCUUCAAAGCAGACUGAGGAGGGAGGAGACAAGGUUCUCUUGGCAUCACUUUCUCCCUGACUGCGGAACUAGACACCCUUGAAGACUUGGCCUGGGCCAGUGAAGCAGAAAUCAAGAAAAACAGAAGGGAUGUGUGGGGGUUGGGCCCACUUCCUGCUCCCCCGUCAACCCCCAGGGCCUCCAGCGUGCAGAUGCAUGUCCUAUUCAUCUGCUCCCAGGGAUGACCCUGGUCUUCCAUGUUUAGCAGAAAGGAGAAAAGAAAGCGAGAAAAUGUGCUAUUGAUAUUCCAGUGGUGACUUCACUGAUAUUUAGUGAAUAUUUGAUUUAGCCAACAUGCCUUUCUUUAUGUGAUUUUGUAUUAAAGUAAAAUGACUUUUAUACUUUCUAUAGCUUAUCUAGAGUGGUCUCUUAGUUAUGAUGGUAUACAUGGUGAUGUAUAUGUGUAUAUGUCACAUAUAUACAUUUCAUUGUAUAAUGAAUCAAUUGCAUUCGUUGAAUCUAAGCAAUAAACCAUUAUUUGGUGUCACUAUGAAGGGAAAGAUUGCUGCAAACUAAAAUGUUAAGAAGCUAUUGAUUUUAGGACUCAUCCUGAUUUCAGAGGUGUUAAGAUGUGAACAAAAUGCAUUUAGGAAUCAAUGAAACAGAGAGUGGGUGUCUGCACUUUGCAAAGGAACUAAUGAGGCUACCGCACCCAUUCUGUGAGCCUGUCCUCUUAGUAAAUAACAGUGGCUUACUCA